UUGGGAUAUCCAGUGCUAUUAACUGAUUCACCUCCAGCUCCUCUGAGCAAGCAACGCCAAACUCGUGUAAGUUUCGCGCAAAAUGGUUUCCCGGUUUGCUGCUGUAACAAACAAAGAAAUUUUAAUCACAAAUAAUCAAACUAGCUGUUCUGAAAUAUACGAUGAAGGUGACAAAAUUUGGUUUUUGGAAGCUUUAACAGGUAAAGCUUUGUCUGUUUGACUUGAAUUUUUUUAUGAAACCGGUGGAAAAGUUUUUUGUCUACAAAUGCAAAUUAAGUCUUGCAUUGGUUUAUUUAGCUGACUUCAUAAAUAAACUUAACACUAAAUUUAAUAGUUUUUUACAGAAUGGUUUCAAAUGCAAGAAGAAUUCAUAAUUCUCCACAAUAGCUAAACAAAUGCCUUUAAAAGUUUUAUCUGUCGGCAAGAAAACAUGAUGCCCAUUCAGUCAUUUGCUUGUCAAAUGGUAAUCAUUGGCAGCAGUAAAUGAGUUCAAAACCAUAAUUUUUGUGCUCAAUAAUCUCUUUAAUAUUUUAAAACAAUAAUAUUCACCUCAGUGUUGGUGGCUAGUGGUGGGUAAAUAUCCACCACUAGCCACCUCCACUUUCGUGAAUAAUUUUUAUUUGUCGGUUAACCCUUUAAACCCUGGGAGUGAUCAGUAUGAAAUUUCUCCUUGAAAUAUCAAUGCUUUAUAAAACAGAGUGGGUAUGAGACUUGAGGGCAUGAUCACAGAAGAUGAAUCUAUUUAAUACUUCAACAAAUUCUCCGUAUUUCCUCUACUGAAAACAUAUUGGGGACAACAAAAGAGGGUUUUAAAGGCUUAAAAUGCAUGGACUUUUUCUCACCUUGUACAUGUAUUUCACUUGUUUCUUGCCCUAAAAGUAGUAAAAUCCUCAAAAUAAAUCCUCCUUCAUUUUUAAUUGCUUCCUUUUCAAUAAUAGCCUAUUGACAAGGGGCUCUUCAUAUUAAAUUAGCAACAGCCUAAUUUUGACUGGUCUUGGACAGUGGAUUACUGCUAUCUGCUUAUGAUUGAGCACUAGUAUUGUACAGUGUAGUUAUAAGUGUUUAUGAUGCAUCUUGCUAACAGAUGCCUAAAUAUUUUCUUUCAGUCAAAGAAAGAUACCACAAGCUCAAGUGUAGAGGAAAAAAGUGCUGAAGAUGACAAGGUACCCAUACAACCAUAAUAAAAACCCAAAUCAGUAGUGCAAAAUUCUCCUAAAUGAGAAAUCCCAAUUGCUAGCUGUCAGCACAUGCAUUAUUUUUGUUAGGUAUAUUGGUGACAGGGAAUCCUGAGUUAGAAGCUUGGUGCUAUAAGGUCUGGGCUUACCCAAAUUAGACUUUACUGCAAAUGCCAGGGCUGUCAUUUAAGAGACAGGGGCUGGGGAUUCCUCCUGGCUACUAAGAACGUGGCCCCUGGCUACUUCUAGGGAAAAUAGAGGAAAAAUAGAACCAAAAGAAAUCCCUAGCUGUUUGAUUCCCCGCCUACUUGUUGUAUUUGCCCGGCAACUUGAAAUCUUAGUGACAGCCCUGAAAUGCAUCAAAUGUAAAACAGAUUUCUAUGGCUGUUGUAGUUAACUUACUGGCACUUUCAAGAAACAGGGCCCUGGGCACUGUUAAAUCUAGAUUGUAUCCCUCAGCAGAACCCUAUGUGUGUGUGUCUAGCAAAGUCAUAACUUAUUAUUCAUUUUUGGACUGCAUUAGUUCAAUGUUGUGAUACUGAUUGUAUGUUAGGAUGCAGAGCAGAAAAGACUUGAUGAGGAGAUGCAGAAGAGAAGAGAAAGGUACUGCUGUUAUUUUAGUACUAUUCAAGUGAAAGGAACUUUGCCACCACUUGUAAAAGUGCUUUAAAUAGAAUACGUUCCACCUCUUCAACAGUGUAAGCUCAUGUGGCGUAUAUUACGUAGUGAGCUAGCUUUAUCCCUGUUAUGCAAGCUAACACAGGUUUGAGUCUCUGCUAAAUCAAACAACAUGUAGUUUUUUUGUUCCUGCUUUUUUCCUCUUCACUCUAUCCCUCUUCAUUCCUACUGUGGGCCCUUUUCCUUGACCUUGCAAGGUUUGGUAAGAAAUUUCUUGUAUUUUUUUUUUGAUGAGGACAGGACGGGUGCCAGUGAUAUCAAUGCCAAAGCCAGACCCUUCCCAGCACUCUGUGCUAUGUUUUUUUUGGCUGCCAUGUUGAGUACACUGUAGAAGUAAAAUUUUAAUUUUGGCGACUAAAAUUGGUGCAAAGUUGCCAUGAUUUUAUGAUUUUAUGUUUUUAUUUUUAGAGUUAAUGGUCUUUAUGUAAUGGUGAAAGAAACAUUUGCGUGAAAACAAAUUUUAUUUAAACUCCUCUGGAUCUGAGUAUUAAGUCUUAAGAUGUAACAUGCACCUCCAAAUUGCUAGUUGGGCAGCCAUUUUGAUUGCUUCAAACAUUUCUCGUAAUAUUGCACAAAAUGUCCUUUUUUGUGUCAACUUGCAUUUGGCCAUUGCAUUUAUAAAUGGUGUGAGCAUUUCUUUUACAUGUAGCAGGCUGUUGCUUUUGGUGGUCUAUGAUACUUACCAGUACAUUUUGUUCAUGCCAAUGAAAUUAUCAGGAUAGAGGCAUGGAGAGCCCAGAGAAAGAAAGAACAAGAAGACAAAGAACAAACUGAAGCUGCAAGCGAAGAACAGCAAAAGAAGAAAAAAGCGUGGAGUUUGGAGGAUGACGAUGAUGAUGAUGAGGAGGAAGAAGAGGAAGAAGUGCAAGUUAAGGAAGAGGAACAGGUCUGA